UCAAUUCAGAGAAUCCGCCGCAGAUCUGUAUUCUUUUUCUUCAAACAAUCUUCUCUGUUCAUUAAAUUUCUCAUUUCGAAAUCCAGAUGGCUUCUUCAGAGGAAGGACAAGUGAUCGGUUGCCACACUGUAGAAGAGUUCAAUCAGCAAAUGCAGAAAGGCAAUGAAUCCAAGAAAUUGGUUGUGAUUGACUUUACUGCAUCCUGGUGCGGUCCUUGCCGUUUCAUUGCCCCAAUUCUGGCUGAUUUCGCCAAGAAACUCCCUGAAGUUAUGUUCCUCAAGGUUGAUGUUGAUGAACUCAGGUCUGUUUCUGAAGAUUUUGCUGUGGAGGCGAUGCCAACAUUCGUUUUCGUGAAGGAAGGAAGCCUGAUCGAUCGAGUGGUGGGUGCUAGGAAAGAUGAGCUUGCAUCGAAGAUCAACCUUCACUCUGCUGCUGCCGCUGCAGCCGUCACUGCCAAUGCCUGAUGUUUAUCCGGCUAGUACUAUUUAUUAGUGUUUGAAUAAGCCGACCAAUUUAUGAAAUUGUUUGUUUGUGAUUGUUAGUUUUAUAUGACCUAUGACUUUAUUUAAUUAUUGGUGAAACUUUGUUUCUUUCUUGUUAAA